AUGUCCACACAAUCCACUCCCCGGGGCCGCAUUCGUGACGUCCUUCCCGACCUCUACCUCGGGAGGUGGCCUGCGGGACCCAAGAACUCCAUCACCGAUGUUCCUGGUGUCCUCGCCUCGACGCAGAGCAUCCGCACAGAGGAGGGUGUCAACACCGGAGUAACAGUCAUCCUCCCUCGCCGGGAGUGGUUCAAGGAAGCCUGCUACGCUGGCAUAUUCCGCUUCAACGGCUCCGGAGAACUGACUGGAUCCCACUGGAUCGAGGAGACCGGUCUCCUCGCCAGCCCCAUCGUGCUGACCAACUCUUUCUCGGUCGGUGACGCAUACCGCGGCAUCUACGAGUACGCCAUUAAGCACUACUCCAACGAGAACGGGGAAAUCGAAUGGUUCUUGCUCCCGGUGGUCGGUGAGACCUUUGAUGGGUUUCUGAACGAUGUCUCCAAGUUGGCUGUCAAAUCAUCAGACGUUGCCAAGGGAAUCGACUCAGUGACCGACGACCCGGUGCCCGAAGGCAACACAGGCGGCGGCACGGGGAUGAUCUGCCACUGGUUCAAGGGCGGAACCGGGUCCUCGUCUCGUCUCGUCGAAGGGUUCGACAGCGAGGGGAACAAGAAGAACUAUACCGUAGCCGCGCUCGUGCAGGCUAACUACGGCAGAGCCUCACACCUCCGCAUCGGCGGCUUCCCCGUCGGCCGCAUCCUCGAGAAGGAGAAGACCGACACGCUGGCCGAGAUCGCGGCGCACAAAGAUAAAAAGGACGGUUCCAUCAUCGUCACCAUUGCUACCGACGCUCCCCUGACGCCGAUCCAAUGCCAGAGACUCGCCAAGAGAGCCACCGUUGGGCUGGCGAGGGUCGGCGGCUACGGUCACAACCCCUCCGGAGAUAUAUUCCUCGCCUUCUCUACGGGCAAUCACAUUCCCGUGCAGACACUCACCUCGCAGAAGAAAGAAGUGGACCCAUUCAAGGCCAAGGCACUGAAGGUUGAGUCGAUUGACGACACGAGCAUCAAUGGGCUCCUGGAAGCAGCGGCGGAUGCAACCGAGGAGAGCAUCUACAACGCCUUAUGCUCGGCCGAGACGCUGACGGGUUUCUUGGGACACACGGUUGAGGGACUGCCUCUGGAUCGGUUGAAGGAAAUCAUGAAGAAGUACGAUUCUUAG